AUACUAAUUCAAAGCAGCUCAAAAAAUCCUCAUGAAAUAAAUACAAGAUAAAAAAGAACAAUGAAAUUGUCUACUAUCCAUAAUAAAUUAUAUGUAUACAUUGUAUACUUGUCAUAUUAGUUUAGAAAUAUUUAUUUACGAUAAAAUGUAUUAUAAACUCCCCCUUAAACACUAUUGUGAAAUUCCUUGCGCUUGCGCGCUGCAGUAUACCAGCAUGGCCGCCAAGCAGAAGUAGGGAAGAGGUGACUAGUCGUUACUGAGAUAAAAUUUUGAUGUUUUCAGACUGUUUAUAAUGUUUUCGCUACAUCGAUUGAAUUCCAUAAGAAGCCUACAUAAAGCGCAACAUUUUGAAAAGUUAUUGAAUUCGGCCAAUGAUAACUCGGUCCGGCAAAUAUGGGUCAGCGCAGGACACGUCUUCGUCAGCUGGCACGGCGGUCGUCGACUGACAUCGUUCGACACAGUUCCUGUUCAAAGGUCUUUCGUUCCGCAGGAGGGAAGAAAGACUGAUGUGUGUAGUGAAUCAGGGUGUUUGGAUCUGCAGAGGCAAGAGACUGAUGUGAUUGAACUUAGCUUCAAGAAGAAGAACCCCACAGAACUUUACAUUACUUUCGCAAACGGUCAGAUAGAAGUGUGGGAGUAUCGCACAGUAGAGGGGUCCGACACUCCCAGCUGGACUUCGCGCGGUGGGUUCAGACUUUGGAGCGGAGAUCAUGGAAGGCGUGUCUGCUCGGCUUUCCUUCACGAAGAGCAGAACUGCUUGUACUGGUGCGAAAAAAGGGCUGUCGAUGUGUCAAACGGUAACCUCGUUGCAGAUUCGGACAAUGGUGUCCAAUUCAUGUAUUUUGUCUCCAAGAAAAGCCUACCUCUCAGUCACGAGACAGUCAGCAGUCACACCGUGGGGUCAACGUUCACCUUCCUGGAGCACUGCCCCCCCUGUCAGCUCUACUCCACAAAGGACGGGGUCAUGGUGUGGCCAGAACAACCCUGUCCAGUUGGUUUGUACUUCAUGUGGCACCAAACCAAGAACAUGCUCCAGGUCUGUAGCCUGGACACAGGCUGCGUCACUGCCCACAUGCGAGUGAUGUCCAGUGGGAUAGCAUUUGCUGAUGCUGUGAGAUCAUCAGUAUCUGUAUGGGCACAGAACAGCCAGCCAAGAAACAAUGGUUUAGUGACCGUCAUAAAAGAUUCCUUCCAAGAUCAGUUGCUCCUUAUCUUGGAGAGUGGUGAUGUCAUGUCAUUGUCUAACAAAGGUAGUCUGCAACAUAAAUGUCACAUUGCACAGUGGGCAGCUGUGUUUAGUUCUAUAGUGCCCAGUGAUUGUGAGUGGUUUAUGUACACCUUUGUAAUUGGUUGUGUUGUACCUGAUGGAAGGGUGCUCUUGUUUCACUCUGAAACAGGAAGUCUUGUUCAGGAAAUACAGCAGUUCUCUGAGCCAGAUUAUGAAGGCAGUACAUUCUUGUGGGUUGGCAGUGGCCAGCUGCCCAGUGUUGGACUUUGGAGUACCACACAUGGUAUGUGGGAGCUGUGCAUGUCAGUGACUGACACUGCCAGUAUGCGGGCAGUGCUCAACCCUGUGGAACAUGUACAUUUAAUGACAGGACUGAGUCAGACAAGUAGUGCAGCAAGGCUUACUUUAGAAGAAGCAGUCAAAUACUACAGAGACAGAACUGCUCAUGGUGAGAACAUUGACAUUGAAAGUCUGAUGAAGAACACCAUGCUGCAGAGCCCUGCACUUCUUGUCGCUCUUCUACACAGUCACUCCAGACAGGUGUCAGAUCACAUAGAGAGGGACCACUUAGCACAGCUUAUGAGUUUUCACUACAGUAGUGGCCCAAUGACGAAGAUACAGGAGACACUUCAUCCACUGCUGAAUCAGUUCUGGGACUUGGAGACCAAAUGGAGGAGUCUGAUAACAGCUGAUGGAACAACAGAACAAGAGAGGCAAGAAAGAGCAAUACAGAGUGAAGUGAGAAUGUUGCUGAAAUCAGAAGAAAACAUUUCUCCAACCAACCUGGCUCAGUUGGAAUUGCUUGCACUCAAAUUCCCAACACAGUUUGUAAGAACACUUCUCCAUGACCUACAUGUCACUGAUGCAUCUGAAACUACUCAGCUAAAGAAUGACCAAAUGAAUCUGUGGCCAACAGUGUUGAGUACAGACAGGACUUCCAGUAACAUGCCAGUAUUUGAACUGGUCUGCAGAUUGCUGUAUAGAGAACAACCUUCACAGCUUCUAGCUUUUGUCCACAAGGCCACCCAUGUCAAAGAUGAUAUCAUAGGUCCCUCAGCUCUCAGUAGAAGCAGUAGUUUGUAUGACAGAGCCUUUCACUGUCUACAUGUGCCAGAGUCCUCCUGUACAAACAUGGACACAGUACUGGCUUACUGUGAACUGCUUGCCAGCACGACUAACAAUGACGCAGCUUUAGAGGCACUGAGACUGCUUCUCAGGUUUAACAGGCUAAAGGAGGCUGUCAGUCUUGUAUCAAAGAAUGCAGAUGAAAGCAAGCAGCACUCUGCCCUUUUCCACACACUGUUAGUCAACAUUCUAGAAAGCGAUACAUUCCAAUGUGUGGACCAGUCUAUAUGGGAUCUGGUACCCAAGACAUUUGGUGCUGAUCAGCUGCUAAGCCUGUUACAGGAGCACUUACCAUCAAGAAGAAGGAGGAAGGGGAAGAGCAUGAGACUGCAUGUUCUCUGUUCAUCACCAAAUGACACUUCACUCUCUGUACUGAAGGGAGUACUGUUGAGCACCAUUUUAGAACAUGAUGAGGCAAAGGAAAAACUUUGUGAACAAUAACCAACUUUUGACAUACAUAUUCAUUAUUCAUUUUAAUGCCUAUGUUUUUGCCAUUGUGUAAUGGUAUGAUGUGCUUGCUGCUAUCCUGCAUAAUACAUUUUAAAGGUUGAGUAGGUGUUAACUAUCCAUUUCUAUUGUGUCUGGCCCGGUGGGAUCCUUCCUUCUAUUGUCAUUGUGAUGGUUAUUCUAUGCCAGUUCUCAUUCAUUCCAAUCCCAUUCUUAACCGAGUCAUAUUUUCAUCCUCCAGUGUCAGUGACAACAACCUUGUCACUGAUAGGUAGGGCAUCAUUGAAACUGGUGGACAUAUAUCAUUACUAGUAUCAUUUCUAGCUGAACUGCAAAUAGGCUGUACACACACAAAAAAAUUGUAGUCUACUGAGACUUUAUGAGUAUGGUUUUUGUUUCAAUUGAUGAAUAUAAUAUCCACAACUUGUAACUGAUAUUUGUAUUGUACUUGAUUUUUUUAAAAAGGUUGAAAAAGAAUGGUUUGUCAUCUAUCACCUUGUAUAUAGCUGAUUAAAAAUCAAGUCUUUACCGUUAACGUUUCUCUUACUAGCUCUUUCAACUUUGUUCUAGUCCUAUCAUGAAAUGCAGCAAAUAAACUCAUAAAGCAUGACUUGCAUGAUUGUCAUCAAAUUAUGUCAAAUAUUAUACUAGUAUCAAACAUCAUGAUGAUCUGUCAAGCCCUUCUUCAGCUGUUCUUGAGUAAUGUUUAACAUCCUUGCAGUUCCAGAACACGCUGCUAGGGGGCCAAACGUAGUCACUGCCUAUAUUGCAAUAGCUCUGUACAGAUCAAAAAUCGUGACCAUAGCAUGUCCAGAAAAGGGAGAUAUCCAAACCGAAAAUUCGGCUGCAGUACCAUGGAUAGCUGCCAAGUGGUCCAAAAUCGAAUCGUUUCCUACUAACGUAAAAUCCGACCACGUCUUAUCGAGUU